CAUGAUCCGCGCGACUCGCGCGAGAUCCCCGGACUGCCCUUUCAAGGCGAGGCAUUCAUGUUGCCCCCCAUUCGACGCGCCAGAAUACCCGAGCGGGAGAAGCGAACCUACAGGGCUUGUUUGCAUUGCCGACAACGAAAAAGUCGCUGCGAUCUCGGCGAACCAGGAAAGCCACCUUGCGAGCGAUGUAUUCGAGAAAACCACGAAUGCAUUCUGGGACCAUCCCAUCGUGGAGGCAGAAGAAUCAAACGCAGUGCUACAGAGUCGGAACAGCCAGAGAAUGAAGCCUCUCGCAAUGCUUCUUCAAGUGAAGACAUUGUGCAACCUCCUCCUCCUCCUCCUCAGGUGCAACAGGAUAGUAUUCGCGAAGAAAGGGAAGAGAACUAUCACAGACGAUUGCCAUCUUGGCCGCAAUAUACGCCAGGGCCGAGGAGCACACCAGCAUCAGUCCCAGAGGCACCAACCUCUCAUCCUAGCACGAAAAUGACUGUCGACGAAAGCAUUGUAUCCACCAAUUUACAGAAUCCAUCCGAUGCCCUUGAGUUUCUAGCUAACGUGGCCGGUCGUAACGAAGGACCCGCACAAACGCCCUCCGCGCAUGGUUCCAUGUAUGCGAGAUCUCCACAUCAAAGCGGCGCAGAACAGCACGCACCGGAUGGAACACCCUCAUCUAACCAUCCCUCACCUUCAGUCAUGCAAAUACAGUUUCCACCGUACCAGAAAGGCCAUGUGUCCUUAGAUUCGCUANGGUACAAAAUGAAGUAUCACCAAUUCUACUCGGUUGUACCGCCUUUUCUUUUCGAGGCUGAGAACCUUGCGGCCAGUUCUGUGCACGAACCAUAUCUCCUAGCAGCUGUAUGCACCAUUGCUUCGAAGGACGAGCCAGCCUGGUGGGACACCCAUGAGGCUUGCUCUACUCACAUGCAGCAGCUCAUUGCGGAACUCAUGUAUGGCGGAAUCGCCACUCUGGGAGCCGUAGAGGCGCUGUUAGUCUUGGCUGAAUGGGUUCCGCGGCCUCCACAAUCAAUGGCUGCAGUCGGCCGAGGAGAAGAGGAGCAGACCGCAUGGAUGCUUUCAGGUAUGGCCAUUCGAAUGGGCUAUCUCCUGGGUAUUGAUCGGACAGGCUUUGUGAACGAGUCGGACCCUGAAGCACCCGACUAUAUUCGAAGACGUCUUGCUUGGGUUGGAUGUUACAUGAGCGAUCGCCAUAUUUCCGUCCGCGUUGGUAAAGCCUUCUGGAGCAGGGGUCCUGCUAUGAUCAAAUUCUCUUCUCGAGACUUCCAGGACGUCAGAUAUCCGGGUAACCCUACGGACAACUUUGCAGCUCUCUGCGAAGCACACUUGGAGCUUACCCAGCUCUUCAGUAACGCUCACGAUGUGUUGUACUCAUCGAAAAACAGAAGUGCACAACUAAAUUUUGGUGGAGAAUAUGUCAAGUACAUUCCCAGGCNNACCUCGGUCAUUAAGGCUGCACUCAUCAUCUCCUUUGAAUACCUUCGACUCUACGUCAAUGCUUUCGCAUACCAAGCAACUCUGACUCGUAUGGCGCAAGAAUAUAGUGAUGAACAAUCUUCACGAGGCCCUCAACGUUCUAAUGGACGAGUGGCAUUCACGGACUUCAUCGCUGCAACACCAGAUGCACGGUUCAUCUACGACUCAAUCGAUUCUGCCAAAAAGUUACUGACCAUCUCCAACACACUACUAGAUCCUACGACAGAGUUCAGAUAUAUGCCCCUACGGUACUAUCUUUAUGUCAUCUACUCGGCUGUCUUUUUGUACAAAGCAAGAUCAACUGGAGUUCUCGGCGCGGACGGCGGAGACGUAAAGAGAACCGUGGGAGAAGCUGUUGAAAGACUACAGAAGGCAAGCUCCUGCCAGAACGACGUCGGGGAUCGAUACAGCAGGAUGUUGCGACUACUCUGGCGGAAGCCUCCACCACAACCUACCACUUCGCUUUCGAGUGGAGACGAGACAGUGUACCAACCGACGUCACAAAAUGCACAGGUUGCUGUUCAACCCGAGCAACAGACCCAGAUGAAUAUUGACCAGACACCGCAAGGAGCCUACACGAAUGCCUUUACUUUCUCUUGGCUAGACCUACACGCAGUUGGCGAUUUUGCGACAAAUAAUAACGGCAACAUGAUGGAUAGCUACGAAAGCUUGGAUGACGUCUCUGGUGAACCAGCAUACGGUCACUUUGAUCCAAAUUUUGUUCAAGGACAGCAGCAACAGAUGGGCUGGAAUGGGUUCUCAGCUCCUGGCAUCAUAUUCUAG